UCAACCGGUCCACAAUGUGUGCACCAGCUGCAGGGCAGGAUGCUGGAUUCAGAACGGCCCAGGCGGCAACCACAUUAUGCACAAGGUACGCAUGCCAAUGGUGCCAUGGAAUAUUCCAACCACGAACAGGACAUAAUCAGGCAAUCUUUCAGUACAGGCAACUACACUUGGAUGAAGGAAUGUCUACCAGUUGAAUUAGGGCCUGAUGCUAUCCACUUGCUCAGACGGCAGCGAAUGGAACGGAAUCGGCUAGCGGAGCCUGUCCCACAGACCUGGUCGAAGAUGACGCAACUCUGGGGUGGAGGCUACUAUCAGGAGUUUGAAUACAUGCCUGAGGAGUACAAGGACAGAAGAGGAUUGAUGGCGAGGGGAGCUGAUCCUGACAAGCGGAUGAAGAUAGCAAACCACGAUUGGCGCUACAGUUCUCAGGAACGCAGACUGAAGCAUGAGCCAAUGCUCCAUGGGGUCACCGCAGACAGAGAGCAGUAUCCUUAUCUUGGAGGCGACAAAGAUGCUGAAUUGGAGGCCACAAAGCUGUUUUUACGGUCCGUGGCGGUCGGAUCCAAGACUUCGUUGAACAAGUCUCAGGAGAAGUUCCUGAAGUCCCAGCAGUCUGCCUGGAUGGUCCAGGAUAAGGCGCAGAUGACUUCGGAAAGCUCCUUUCUGGCUGGCAGGGGCAAAGGGUUGGAAGACAAUUCAAGAGGGAGCCGUAUGACGCUUCCCACCAUGGUUCAGCGGCUGCAGAAGAAAGUCGAUCAAGAUUGGGAAGGUUCAACAGUGGUCGUCAGUGCGACAGACCAGGACUUGAUCCAGAUUGCGUUUCACAUGUACACAGUCGACUCUGAACGAGGUGUAACAGCGUACAUGGGUGUGCUCUCAAAAGAUGUAGACUUGCUAGCCACACUUGGACUCCGGAAGGUGAGCCAACUAUGGGGAAUGCAGCGGGACUUUAGCGAUGAGUUGCCAGAUCGAGAUGGGGCCGAACCUGGUGAGCAUACCUGGAUGUUUUUCCUGUUGGCGCCAAAGUGGGUCAAGAUGCGACCAACCGAUGCCUACUACACUGUUCAUCCCAGAUCUCAGGGUUCCGCCUUCAGAAUGAGCAAUGCUGGGUCCAGCGUGCUGCUCUCACUCGGAUCAUCUGUCCUUGACACUCAUGACACUCCACGGGAAAAGGAAGCUUCUCCCAGGGCGUCUGGAAGAGCAUUCGAGCCCACAAGGACUCCGCAGCAGGCACCUCCAGAUCGGCCAAAGGUGGACUUAGCUCUCAUCGAGCAGGCAGUGAGCUCGCUUCCGGCAAUCAAAGAGAGCCGUGGAGAAGUGCCUUCUGGAUAAGAUCCAAUGAGGUUGGAAGAUUUUUCGAAAUCGCAACAUGCAGCGCUUCCAAGCCCUUGCAACGUGGGAAUUUCCAAACAACAAACCGCC